GACACACCUUUAAAGUCGGCUGCAAUAGAGCUCGCCAGUUUGUAAUCCGAAAAUCCGAAAAUUAGUUACAUAUGGUUCGUUCAGCCAUUCAAAUGACAAAAAUGUAUGGGGAAAGAAUUCAUAAAAGGUCAUGUUAACUGACUGAUAUUAAGCCUGUGUUAACCGCAGACAUUAUUUUCGGCAUUUAUCCCAAAACCCAAUUCUUUCCUAUUCAUUUUCGCCAUAUGAAUGGCUGAACGAACCAGAGGUAACUCAUUUCUGGGUUUUAGGAACACAAGAUGGCGUUCUCUAUGUCGAACAAGCCGACUGACUAAUCAAGGGUCAAACACGCCGAAGCAAAGCACUGCUGAAAAACUACUUUACCCAGAAGCACUUUGUCAAUUUAUGGCGGAAUCUACAGAGCGUGGCUAGCUACUAUCCAAAUAAACAACAACAAAAUCUAACGUUAGUGGGUAGAAGAUGCUGCGCAGAAAGCCCACCCGUCUGGAGCUGAAGUUGGAUGACACCGAGGAGUUUGAGAGUGUCAAGAAAGAGCUUGAGAGUCGGAAGAAACAGCGAGAUGAAGUGGAUGUUGUUGGCGUGGCGAUGUCGAGUGACAUGGUGGGGGCCGGUAGUGGAACAGGGGAUGGGAAGACACGGGAACAGAUGAUCAAUGAGAGAAUAGGCUACAAGCCCCAUCCUAAACCCAACACCUUGCCAUCGCUCUUUGGAAACCUGCAAUUUUAGGUUCCUAACGGACACAGAGACCGCUAAAAUGGUUGGCCCCUCCAGCAUUGGUGUGUGUGGUUGGCACCGUGACUGUGCUCUUGAAAUGGUCAGGGGUAUUUGUUUACCUGAGAAGUGUAUCCCUACAAAAAAAAGUGUACUUUGAGGAUCAUAUUGCAUUCAUAAGUCUAAAGUAAUGUUGCUGCAUUUACCUGAAAAGUUAGGACUUGCGAUGCAAAGGGUGGCCUUUUGUACAAUGUAAUGUUUGAUGAGAGGGGUCAUGUACAGUGGUUUCCCUCCUUUAUUACAAACAUCCAUACUUGGUAGCAUCUGUGGAAAGAUGGAUUAACUGAAUGGACUUGAACUAAAUCAGUCAUUACUUACAAUGGUUUGCUUGUCCUUUUAUUUGCCUUCGAUGCUGCAUUAUGUCAAGGACAGGAGGCUGCAACAGAAUCUAACAAAUACACUUCUUGAAUGAUACAAUUUAUUACUUGUUUUCUCUAAAAAGAUUACAACACUAUAAAUAUGUAGAACUAUACAGACAUGUUCACACCGAUGCUGGGCUGGAGUGGUGGUCAGAUUCCCACUUGUUUUUGGCCAAUUUACUUCAACACUCCAUUUGUACAGUAGACUAAUAUAUCCUCUUUAUACAUUGAUCCCACAUGGUAAAGCAGAAACAGUUAUGUUCAAGUAUAUACUAAUGUCCCUGGCUUUAUUGUAAUGUAAUGAGAACACGUGGCUGUUAAAUCCAGUUAUAGCAACUAGGAAUUUGAUCCCCAAGCCAGGCACAACACAAUGUCACUCAGGCAACUGAUAAACAUUUACUACAGUCAUUUAUCUAAAAAAAAGUAAACCAUUAACAAACUAAAAAGACAUACCUAAAAGGGAAAUAUUUUCUCUUUUAGGUUCUACUUCAUAGAAAUCACCCUUCUGUCUGUAGUGUGUGGCCUAAGCACCGAUGGGUCACAGAGUAGUGCAGAAAUCAUGUGUUACUAGGCCAGUCUGAGAAAGCACUGGAUCCAGCCUCUUACUUUCCCAGAGUUAUCUGCUUGUCCUUGGGACCUGAGCACUUGCUCCAAUAAGGACACUAGUAUCCAUGUUGUGUUGACAUGUGCGACUUUAAGCCUAUUGAAUAAACACACCAAAAGUUACUCCCAAAUUAUAGUGGGGAAUCCCACUUCAUGAAGUGAUAAAGUUAACCCUUUUUAGGUUGAGGUUUUUAGGGACCUCCUUAUGUACUCAGAUUAGACCCAGUAAUCUGUUCAACAUUAAUUCGUUUCUUGAAACAAGCAAAUUAAAGAUUUGGCCAGCAACAAUUUAUGAUAGUGAAGAUUUAGAAAGGCAGACACUUUAAUUUAGAUGUAAAAUAAUCUUCGUUGGAGGUGAUACUAGCAGUAGGUGAUACUAGCAGUAGGUGAUACUAGCAGUAGGUGAUACUAGCAGUAGGUUUGUUUGACUUGUACAUAUAUUUCUAUUUACAUUGGCUUCUUAAUGUGCAAGAGCCAAUUGUUAUUGUACAUUUAUGGGUUAGAUCAAGCCUACUCUUAAGUGAAGAGUUAUUUGUAAAUACUGAGUUUUUUAAAUUAAUAAUCCAAAAUUGAACAUUGCAUAG